ACAUGCUUCCCAGUGGAUUUGUUCUCCUGGCACCCACCGCCAGGGUGUCUCACGGUGCCUCUGAUCCUCUCCGACCCUCCCCAUCCCGCACAGAGAACAGAUCCACGGGAAGAUGUGGGGGAAGCCAGUGCUGCUGUGGAUUUUGGGGAGUGCCUGGCUCUGCGUCCCAGCAAAGGGAGCUGUACUGGGUCAUCUGGAGGAUGACAUUGUGACUCCUGGUGCUGAAGGCAGCGUGCUAACACUGGGUGCUGAGGAUGGAGUGGUGACCACAGGCCCUACCCAGGGGCCCCAGGUGCCAACAAGGGCAAAGAGCACACCGAACGCUGACCUAGAAGAUCUGCCCACGCCAAGCAGCUCAGUUGAUGGUCACAAAGAAAGCCAGAGCUCUACCACCCCACAGGUGGCAACACGCCACCCUGUGGAUAAGAAGACAGGUCACCCCAACAGAGGUGGUCUGGCUACAGCGGACCUGGUUGGCAUAAUCAUUGGGGUCUUACUAGCCAUUGGCUUCAUUGGAAGCAUCAUCAUAGUGGUUAUACGGAAAGUUUCCGGAAGGUUCUCGCCCUGAAGGAUGAGCCCAUCUAAACCAUUUUGGACUCCCUCUGCCCUCUGCUCCCUGCCCCCCACCCCC